GAAGCAGUUGUUAUUCCACAGCUGCAAAGCCAGAGAGCAGGGUUAAAGGACUAUAGCGAUAAUAGAGAAGCAUUCAAAUCACAAGGAAAGAAAUCUGCUUAGUUCCAUAAUUAAAAUUGGAGUGAGGGUUCAAUCGCAGGGAUGAAGUUUCCUCUCUUGGUCUUGUUGGCCGCCGGGGCUCUUUCAGCCCCGUUCAACCAAUACUACGACUUCGUCGGAGUUUCAGAAUCAAAAUGCGACAACCCAAGAAGAUUGGCUGAACAUGCCACUACUCUUUUUGAUUAUGAGGGAGAGACGUUGAACACAAUCCAGGGAUCAACCCCAGAUAGUACGGGUAUACGGAUGAGGGCCCGGGUAUACAUUCAUCCUCAAGGAGCAUGCCGUUUCAGCAUGCAGAUCAACAAUGCAGAGCUCCUCGUUAAGAGCAAGAACACCAAUGGAUUCUCACCCGCUGAAGAAUCUCGCAAGUUUGCCAGAGAACUUGAAGCAAAUGACAUCAUCUUUGAAACAGCUGAUGGCAAAAUCGAGAGACUCUUCCCAAACAGUGCCGAAUCUAUGCACAUCUUGAACAUCAAGAGAGGUAUUUUGAGCACUCUUCAACUUGGAAAAAACAAUGCUGAGGAAGUAGAUGUUAACGGUCGUUGCAAGGUUUCAGUCACUGAACAAGAUGGCAUGAUUAUCAAGUCUAAGAAUCUGUCAGAAUGUUCUGAAAGAGCACACAGCGAAGUUGGAUUCCACACUGCUUCUUUUGAGAGAAAGGAAUUGCCCUUGAAACCCCUGGACUCGACCAGCAAAUGUAUGAUCAAGACUCAAGAUGACAGAAUUGUUGACGUUGAAUGCUCAGAAACUCACAUUUUCAGGCCAUUCUCUGCUGGAUUUGAAACACCAUCUGGUGCAAUGACACUCGUAGCACAAAGAAUGAAAUUUAUUGGAGAGAAGAAAGGAAGAGUUGCUUCAAGUGUUGAAAUUGAACCAAAAUCAAAGGGAGUUACCUUGGUGUAUGAACAUGACGCUGAGAGCAUGAAACCAGUAAACAGCAUUGUUGAACGCAUUGACAAAGUUAUGGCACGACUUGUCGUGAGCAAGGACAACAUGGGAGCCAAGCAGCAAUCUGCCCACGAGUUCACCCAGUUGGUCACUUUGUUGAGGAAAGUUGAUGACAAGAGAAUGACCCCACUUUUGGAAAAAUACUUCAAUGUUCACAGGCAAUACCUCCUUGAUGCUUUGACCUACUGCGCAACUCCAACUUGCGUGUCUGCUGUACAUAAGAUGAUCGUGAAUGACGUCAUCACUGGCGAAAGCAUGAACAUGUUCUUGCAGGGAAUUUCCAUGGUGGCCAAGCCAACCAAAGGAAUGAUCAGAGAUGUUAAGGAAAUUGCAGCAAGAAAGCCAUCUAGACAGGCCUUUUUGACUCUUGGUAUCCUGAUGUACAGAUACUGCAGUGCCAAUGAGGAGCAAUGUGUCUACAGCAAGAACAACCCAAUCACUCUUGUGGAAUUGUUCCUUGAGGGAAAGCUCGGAAACAGCUGUAAUGGACAAGAAAGCUCAGAGCGCGUUGAAGAAAUUUUAAUGGCAUUGAAAGCAAUUGGAAAUGCUGGAAGACCAUUUAGAUCCUGGAAAACCCUGUUGUCUUGCGCCAAAUCAGCUACUCACAUGAACAUCACAUCUGCUGCUCUUGAUGCACUAAGACGUAUGCCAUGCAACGCUGAGAUGCAGGAACGCCUUCAUGAGAUGCAUGAGAACAUUAACAUGGACCCAGAAAAGAGAAUCCAGUCAUACGUUGCCUUGAUGAGAUGCCCAACAGUAGAAAGCAUCAAGAGGAUCGUAAACCACUUGGAAAAGGAACAAAGCAAACAGGUUGGAUCUUUCAUCUGGUCACACUUGAGUAAUGUCAACGAGUCAUCUGACCCAAGGCACACAAAGACACAAGAGGCCCUUGCCAUGGUACUCAAAGGAAAGGACUUGAAAGAAUUCAACUUGCCACUGACCCGUUUCUCCAAGGCUUUUGAAGGAUCUGUCUACAUGAAGUAUUUGAAAUCCGGAGCCUCUGUUGACGGACAUCUUAUCUACCACCCAGACAGCAUUCUGCCAAAAAGUGCCCUUUUGAACAUGACUGCCAACAUCUUGGAUGUACCCGUCCAUGUUUUCGAAAUGGCUGCCAGAGUUGAGGGCAUUGAAACAUUGAUCGAAGAUCUCUUUGGACCUGAAGGAAUGUUCCCAGACAAUUCCAUUGUCAAGAUCUUCAACUAUGAAUUCUCUGCUGAACAGAAAGCCAAGCUGAGACAGCGAAGGAGCACUGACAACGUCAACAACAACAUUAAGAAACUUCAUGAGCAGGUGAACAAGAAGCGUGUCAACCCAAGUGGCAGUGUUUCUGUCAAGGUUCUUGGACAUGAAAUGAAGGUUUUCAGCUAUGAUGACAUCUUCUGGGCAGUUGACCAAAUCGACAACAUGAACGUGAUUGAUAUCUUGCUCAAAGUAGCAAAGGGUGGACAAAAGACCUUCACCAAGAGCGUCUUAUUCAUGGAAAUGACACAUUCAGUACCAACCGGUCUUGGUCUUCCAAUCAAGCUCAACCUCAAAGGAUCAGCUGUUGGUUCAGUUGAAUUGAAUGGAAAAUUCGACAUCAGGAACAUGUUCUGGGGACCACGAUCUAUGGAAAUUAAAGGAUUCAUGAGGCCAAGCGCUGUUGUCGAAGUAUCUGGACAGAUGGGUGUCAACUCUCACUACAUUGAUACCGGUGUACUUGUCAAUUCUUCAAUGUUCACAAGCUCAAUGAUCAAAGGCUCAGUUAUGUACAAGGAAGGAAAACUCUUGAAGGUCAACAUUGAUGCCCCAGAGGAGCCAAUUGAGAUCUUCAAUGUCUCAUCAACCCCAUUCUUGUAUGCCAAUGAGGAAAUGCAAUUGGUACAAGGAGCACCACGAAGACUCAGCCCAGACUUCUGUUUGAAAUCAAAGAUGGUCCUUGGUCUUGGCAUCUGCACCAGCAUGUCUGUCCCAGUUGCCUUCCGGGAAUACGAAUCGCCAUACUUCCCUCUGUCUGGUCCAGCUCAUUACGGAAUGAAGAUCAUCAAAGCCGACCCCAAACUGACAACCUACCAGGCUAUGGUUUCACUCAACAAGAAGAACAUUUACAACGGCUAUCAAAUGAUUGGAACCAUCCAGUUUGGUACUCCAGGUGCAACUUACUCCAGAGGCAUGACUACUGCUGUUAAAUACCAAGUAACCGACAAAGUCAGGAGGCUCAUUGUUGGAGAAUUCCAGAACAGAAACUCAGUUGAACUCAUGGUUGAAUACCGCAACGAGACCAACAGGGUAGAAGUUGAUUUCCGAAGCAAUCUUUUCACCAGCAAAACUGCAAGAUCCAGAUUUGUCUUCUUUAACGAGACAAGCGAUGAGUCAAAGAGGAUUGGAGUUUCUGUGUCCGCAGAAUACGACUGGUACAAAAUGCAACACGUCACUGACUUCACCAGGAGCGACAAAAUCAUUGGUGCAAGUAGCAACACAACAUACUGGCCCGGAAAAUUCAUUGCUGCAAGCGCAACAUACACCCGAGAUGAAAAGGACAUUAUGAUCAAAUUGGAGGCAAACCAGCUGAGACAGGCUAUCCAAAUGAAUGGCAAAUACAUCAAGGCUGGAGUUGAAAAAGGCCUGAACUUUACUGUCAAACAUCUUAGCAGUGGAAAACAUGCCUCAGUCUACUUUGGAAUCGUGAAUGCUGCAGACACCAAGAAAUUCGUUGUCAACACAACAGCAUUUUGCGGAAAAGUUAACGCGAUUUCCCUUGGCUAUUACCGCCGCGAAAUAAGCCACGUUGUUGAGCUUAAUGCUAAGGUUAUGAACAAAACUGCUGCUAUUUUUGCUGACUUUGGAAACUCUAAGGAUGGUUGGUUCGGACUCGACAUUGGUGCCAGAUAUGAAUCCAAGAUGGUUGGAAUUUUGAGCACUUUGGAUAAGAAAUCUGACAAUGAGGGUUUAGCCUGCUCGACAGUGUACUACAACGAAAAGAUGCCUGCCAAGGUAUGUGUUGAAUUGAAGAAGGUCUCAUCAGAAAUUAGGAGGCUUGAAUGGAGUGCUGAGAUUUUGAAGAGGACUGGUGCUGUGUCUUUCGACUUCUCCAACACUGAUUCAUCCAAGGGACUUACCACCACUGUCAAGUACAAUGACAAGGAACUGAUGAAGAACACCAUGACAUUCAUGUACCAAAGCAUGUUGGACAAUGAACUCAAGAAUGUGAUUGAAAUUGGCCAACGUUCAUUGAUUGCAAGGUUCUUCACUGAGAGACUUGCAAACUCAGACAUCGCUUUUGGUGUUGAAGCAAAGGCAAACGACAAAUUUGUCAAACUCCAAGCAACAUACUCAACAAAAUCUCAAGCUGAUGCAACAAGUUACUUUGUCACUGUUGAAGGAUGGUUGAACAAGAAGCUGCCAGCAAGCUACAUUGCCGAAUUAACAUACGGACAACAAGAAAUGGGACUGAGAUCAACUGUUGCUGUUAAGGACUACCAAAUGACUUCUUACAUGGCAUGGAGGAGAGCUCCAAGUGGCAAGCGUACCAUGACAAGAUUCUUUGGAAUCACAAAGAAAGACGCUGUCAUCUUCAGUGCUGACCUCUCUGAUACCCUGUCUAUCAACAAGGAAACAAAAUUCUUCAAGAGUGAAUUGAGGUUGACUGCUGGUAAGAGAACAUUGAGAUACGGAUGGGACAUGACUUUUGUCAACCGAUGCACUGACACAAAAUCUGCAUAUACCCUUUCGUUUGGUGUUGACUAUGCACAGAACCGCCGCUCAUCAAUCACAGCCACCGUCUCCAAUGAUGAGAAGAAGGCUUCACUUGUUAUUGACUUCAUGUACAUUCCAAACAGACAAGUCAGCCACGUCAUCAGCUACGAUAAGCAAACAAGACAACUUGAUGUUUCCAUUGAAUUCCUCCCCAAGAUGUUUGUGAAAUUCAUGGGAAGACUUGACAAAGAAAAUGGAUGGAAACUCACAACCGAUAUGAAAUUCAGCUGGGUCAACUAUGAGAGAGUACUCACGUGGGUUGCAGCAUACGUUGACAGAAGUGAAUUUCAGGCUUUGAGCUUUAAAUUCUUGGCCUUCAACAAGCAAUUCACCGUUGCCAGUGAAUACAACAAGGAAACAAGGACCGUGACAUUCAGCAUCUCAGGUUUGGGAAGAACUGUCAGAUUGACCGGAUUCUGGCUCAAGGAGCGCAAGAUUGUUGGCAUGAGAGUUGUAUACGACUCCGUUCAAGGCAACGUACUUGUCCCAGUUGAGGUCAUGGAAGCUGUCGUAGGAUACAGCCAGAAGCAUGUUGCUUUUGAAUUGAGAAGAAAGAACAUCCGAUACAUCAGCAUCGUCAGCAUGUGUGACAAAGCCAUGGGCAGGUCUUCAUUCGAGGUAUCUGUUCUUGGCAAGAGAGUGAUAAAGACCAUUGCCACAUUGGACAAGAGCAAAUAUUUGACAUCGUUUGAAUUGCUGAUCCGUGACAAGAGCAUGUUCAAGGUUGAGGGUGAAGUGAAGAAAUCAGACGCAAUGGUUGUGGGAAGGCUCUUUGUUCUUGGCAAGGAAAGAUUCCAAACUGUUGCUAAGUACAACAAGGAAAGAAUGACUGCUUUGCUCUCAUUUGAUGCUUUGAAGAAAAAUAUGAAUGCAGUUUUUGCUGCCAAAUGGAACCCAGAAAGAAAGGAAUUGACCCUUAGUACUGAAGUCUUGAAGCGUCAUUUUGGUGUUAUUGGCCGCUUUGAUCCAACAAACUAUGUUGCUGGAAUGUACGUCUUCUUCCAGAAGCAUGUUGCAGGCUGGACCACAUUCUAUGAUGCUAAAAACAUGGCUGUUGCCUACAAUGUCACCCUGACACCCCGACUUUCUGGCCAGGUUAUGAUGCAAGUCAUCCAAGAUAGAAUCAUUGCCAUCACUCUUCAACGCAAAUUCGGACAGCAGAUUGUAAAUGAGGCCUCAUUCAAAUAUGAACUCGGAGCAGACGCAAGCAAACUCAUCUUCCAUUGGAACAAAGAUACCACAAACAAGAUCAAGAAUGCUUUCAGGAAUACUAUCAUUCCAGAAAUCAAGAAGGCCAUGGAGAAGGUAUCAGACGCCACUACCAAAAUGACCACUGCUGGCCACAAAUUUGGACUUGAGCUUGUAAAGAAUGGCACCACUCAGCUUUUGAGGUUGAUAAACGAAGCUGAUAGGAGAUUUGAUGAAAUUGACUUCGAUUUAAUCAAGGAAAAGACUGGCGAAAUGGUUAUUGCAGGUUUGAAGAAGACCGCUGAGAUUACAAACAAGGCACUUAAGCUAACUAGUGAGAUGAUUACCAAGUUGCACACCAAACUGCCAGAAGUCAUGGAAAAUACUCGCAGUUAUGCACGCAAGAGCAUUGAAUUGGCACAAGAAGCUCUGAAGGAAAGCCGAGUGAUGAUUGAACAAGCCAAGCAAGUUGCUCAGUUCGCUUACAAAAUUGCCAGGAACCUCACUGAAUCUGGAAUGCCAGUUGUCAAAACUGCAAUGAAGUUGGGAAAAGAAUUCAAAGUCCGUGGAAAAACAAUGGAACAAAUUGUGUCAGAUCUCAGCACCAUGAUUGAGAAACUUGCCCGAUCAUGGAGGAAGAAUCUGUCUGCCAAGGUUAUCAAGGCCAAAAAGGAUGUAAUCGUAUACCUCCAGGAAAUGCCUGUGCCAUACAGAAAGGAAAAGUUGGGUGAACUGUUCACCAUGUAUAUGGAUAAGUUGAAUGAAUUCAGAGCAAACUUCAACCUGGAAGAGAAGACUCGUGAAUUCAAAAGCAAGGUCAUGAACUACAGGAUCAAGGGUAUGACUGUAUCAGAACACUGGACUGACGUGGUGAAGAGAGUCAAGAAAAUCCAAGCUGAAAUCAAGAAGAUGUUAAACAACCUCCCUGAAGACAUCAAGAAAACUGCUGUAAAAAUGAUUGGAGAGACAAGGAUGUACAUGAAGAAGAUGAAGAAGAUGGCAAAGACUGUUUAUGCUUUCACCAAGCCCUUGGUCAGAUGUUUCAAGAGAGUUGCACUGUCUGUCGACAAACACUUUGGACCCUUGGUCAACGAGGCUGUACAGGAAAUCAGAACUCGUCUCAUGGCUGAAUACAAGAAAAUAUACACGCCAAUGAAAGCUACCCUUGUGCGCAUCACUGAGAUCAUCGAAAGAUUUGUUAAGCCAUUUGUUAAGCCAAUGAGACCUUUGUACCAGAAGAUCGAAGCCCAACUAAGAGCAAUCCGUGUGUUGGAGAAGGAACUAGGCCCACUGGUUGACUUCUACUUGGAUCAGCUGAAAUCUGCUGUUGAAGGAAAACUGAGAAAAGCAAAAGAUGCAGUAGUAGCCCGUGUUGACAUGAUCAAAGCAGAAUACCAGAAGCUUGCUAAAAUGACACCAGAAGAACUUGUUGUUUUUGCUGUUGACAAGAGCAUUGAACUUGGUGUAGAUGCCACUCGAUAUGCACGUGACAUGUACAGGACUAGACGAGAGAUUAUGAAGCAAUGGAAACUUCGCGCUGAGACUUAUUACAAGCAAAUGAAGCAAAUCUAUGCCUUUGCAACCUCCAAGCCAGUUGAAGAGAUGGUACAUACUGCCUUCAAGAUGACGGGUGAAGCUGUUAUGAGCACCCUCAAAGAGUUCGUUAAAACUGUUGACCAGAUUGCAAGCAUGGAUAUCUCUAAGCCAUUGGAAGAAGCAUGGAGAGAAAUGGACCUUGUAAACCACCUUGAGAGAUAUGGUCUUAACUCGAGGAUUGCAAAUGCCAUUCGCACUGCAAAGAAUGUUAACCUGACCCAAGCCUUGUUCAGAACUAUUGAAGCAUCAAAGAAGGCAAUGACUGAAGCAUACAGGCUUGCUGAACAAAAAUUGGAAAUGGCAAUCAAGAAAGUUGAGACUGUUUACAAAUACAUCAGGGCCAUCCCAAAGAGAAGCUUCGACGACUUCUACGGAGAGGUGGAAAACUUCUACUUGAAGAACCAGGAUGAUAUGUACAAAAUGGCAAAGAAUUUGAUCAUUGAAGGAAGAGCCAGGUUCAUGAAUGCUUUGGAACUGCAAAGAAAACCUACAAGCUUUACCUUGAAAUGUAUGGUAAGCCAGUUGUCAGGGUAUGAGGUAAUCAAGAACCGUGCUGCUCUUGUGCGUGCUGAAAACGAGGAGGAGUGCAUGAUGGUUUUUGGCGCCUACAAGGACACAAUCAAGGCAAUCGCCAUGCAAAGGUACUCAGUUGCAAGAAAAUAUGUUGAAACUAAAUAUGCUAUGUUGAAAGAUCUGGCAGAGAAAAGAUACCAAAUGGCUAGAGAAUAUGCCGAAGCAAAAUACAAUGAAUACUACCAGAAGGCCGUCGAGUUUUACAGAAGACAGGAAGACAAGACCUGGGAGCAAAUUGGUGAGGAAUUGUAUGAUGUUGCUGAAUCUUACUACAAAAAGGCUUCAGAUGAGGCAUUGGUUCAAAUUGCAAAAGCACGCAAGCACACUGACAAGCUUGUUGUAAAAGCAAAAGAAAUCUACACCAAGGUUGAUCUCAUGGUUAAGAAGUAUGUUGCAAUCAUCAAGGCCAAAUACGAGAACGAAGUUAGACCAGAGAUGAAGCGCAUGUACAUCAAGGCUAUCAACAUGUUUAAGGAAACUAAAGCAAAGGCACUGAAGCAGUACGAAGAAUAUGUCAGAUACAGCACAGCCCUCUACAAGAAGAUCCAAGGUGACGUCAUUGAAAUUUACAAUGCAAACAAGGCUUUGAGCAUCAGGCAGUUGUACAGGAAGAUCGUUGCAAUUGUCUACAGAAGAGUAACUGAACAAGUAACACUUGUGAAAUCUUUGGCUAAUAAGCAUUAUAACCAAGCCUACAAGACUGUCAACGCAAAAUUCACCGAUCUGAAGGAGAGAGUCAAUAAGAUCAGAGCUAAUGUCAUGGUUGUAAUGCCAGUUGUUCUCUUCGAAGCUGAAAGCAUGCUGAACCAAACCCUCCGUGCUGUUGUAAUCAUUGCAAACGAAACUGUCAAGGCCUACACUCCACAUUUCAACAUCGUGAAAGCAUACGUUGUCGACUAUUACGGAAAAGGUGUGAAAGUUGCAGAAGUUUAUUACAAAGAUGGUGUUGCCUACACAAAGAAGUACUAUGCUGAAGCCAAGGUCAAAUCAGUAGAGCUUUACAAGAGAGGACAGGUUGAACUGGAAAGCCAAAUCAAGAAGAUUUCUGAAUAUGUCAGAGAACUGAUUGAGAAGAUCAAGAGCCACCCAAAAUACCAAGAAGUAAUGGAACACAAAUACACAAAGGAAACAAUCAGAAUGCUCAGGGAACUGAGAACAAAGUUGGAACCAAAAAUUGCUGAACUCAAGGUGAAAAUGGAAGAGUUGAAGACCAAGAUGGAACCAAAAAUUGCUGAACUCAAAGCUGAGAUCGAAAAGCUGAAGACACACCCAAAAGUUGUUGAAAUCAAGGCUAAAAUUGCUGAAUACAGAAGAAAGGUAAUGGCUCUGAGAGAAAAUGAAUAUGUUUUGAAGGCAAUCGAGGUUUUGAAGCAAGUCCAGGAAAGUGGUAUGUUUACUCUGAUGCAAAUCAAGAGCAAGACAAUGCCAUACAUCGAAUCCGCAAAGACCAGUGGCAAGAAGGUACCAAGCAUAAUCGUUUAUCAUGCUCAGUUAUUCAGACGCGACCCAGCAGAGUGCAUUUGGGUAAUUGUGGCCAACUGCAAAUCUCUGAUCAAUGACAUUCGUGGCUAUGAUUGGAAAUCAAUCGAUGUUGUGAAAACAAGCAAACAACUUGUUAUUGAUGUCACAGACGAGAGAACAAAGGAAUUUGCUCAAUUGUUGAGAGCCACUGCUAUCUCUAACUACAGAAAAUGUGAAACGAUGGUGAAAGCCGUACCAAAAAUGAUUAAGGAUAAGGCCACAGAAGUCUAUGAUAGGCAACUCAAGAUGGCAAAGAAGGUCUAUGGUGAUUUCAAAGCUGCAUGGGAACGAUGCCCUCUCAAACCAAUUGUCAACCACGAGAUAUGGGGAGAACUUGCCGCUGAGGUCAGAAAUCACGAAAUUGUCGACACUUUGAUUACCCUUGCCAAACAAGCUCGCUAUAUGGCUAAUGUAUAUAGAAUCAAAUACACAAAGAAAGUGCAGGAAUACGUGUCUUUGAAGAGAGCAGAAAUGGAGACCAAGUAUAAUGCUGCUGUUGCCAAAGUCAAUGCUUUCUUGGAUGAAACAACCUUGGAGGAUAUCGUCAAUAAGGCUGUCGAAUCUUACAAUACUGCAAUGAACAAGGUCGAAGAGACUCGCCAGAAGGCAAUGGAACAAUUCAACAAGGCUUAUGAAAAGGCACGAAAGCAAUACGCAAUUUGCAUGCAGAAGUGCACUGUCGCCUACAAGAAAUACUACGCCAAAGCUGAGGUGAUGUGGAAGAAACAUUACCCAACGGUUGAGAAAAGAGUCAACGAGAUGUACGAAAAGGCCAAGUCAAAGAUUGAGAAGUCUCUGCAAGACAUCAAGAGAUACAGCAAGGAAAUGAAGGAGAAAAUGACAAUCAAGGCACUCAAAACCUGGAAUGAAUCCGAGCUUAAGAGGAAUCUGAUCACUUUGAAAGGUAUGACUGUUGGCGAAACUGUUGCAGAGAUCAGAAGGCUGCCACAGAGGGCCAGAGCAAUGUAUGCCAAAGCUGUAAGAAUGGCUGAGACCAAGGCUGAACAAAUCAAAGCUUACUAUGACAAAAAUCUGAAGGAGCAUGUUGAGAAAGUACGUGUGGUUGUACAGGCUGUUGUUGAUGAAGUCAACGCCACUGGAAUUUUCAUCUACAGAUACUACGAUUUGCCAGGUAACAUGUACAGAGCCAGGGACUUUGUUAAUGAGAAGAUGACUGAAGCAAAGGAAUACAUCAAGGAGAAUGCCAAGAAAUGCCAAGAAUAUGCCAAGGAAUACAAAGAAUACGCUGUAAAGAGAGUGAAGGAGGUGCUACCUAAAAUACCACCAACCAUGCGCUUGUAUGCACAGAAAUUCGCCAAGGCUUCCCUGAAAUCUGUACACUCAUCAAUGGUCUAUGCUGACAACUUCGAUGUCCAGCCAUACAUCACCAAGAUCAAAAUGCUGAAGAAGUACAUCCCUGAAUUCAACAAGUACAUCAUCGUGGACACCGUUGAUAACCAAUUAGUGUUCAGGAUCCCACACUACAAGAUUGUCGAACCCAGCUUCUCAUACCAAAUCAAGAAGGCAGACACAACAGUCAGGAUGGCAGCAAACAAAGUCAGAAUGGCAGCCAACAAAGUAAGAAAGGAUACCAUUGAACUCACCAAGAGGAUGAUCGAGUACGCAAGGAACAAGACAGCUGAGGUACGCGAGGACUUCAACAUGAGCUUGAUUGCUCAUUCUGAAUUCGGCAAAUACUUCUACAGCCGUGCAACUGACAUUUCUUCAAGAAUAUGGGACAGGUCAAUGAUGAUCAGAAGCAAGCUGAAUGAGACCCUGAGAGAAAAAUUGCAGGAUGCCAAAAAAUCCGUUGAGAAGUACACAAAGAUUGCUAUGAACAAAGGCAAAGAGGUUUCCUCUGCUGUUAUUGACUUCACAAAAGAGGCUGUCGUUGAUGUCACCUACUCUAAUGGACUUGGUGAUGCUUACAACAAAGCCGAGAAAUACGCAAAGACUGCAGUCGAGGCCAUCAAAUCCGAAAUGAAGCCAGUUUACGAAGCAGCAAAGGCAUACGCAAAAGCUUCAUACCGUGACAUUACUCUUCAGUACCAGAAGCUUGUAUACAAGACUGAACCAUACUAUCUUAUCGUGAACACUGCCAUCAAGGAAUGGAGAAACGGAGCUGAAUUCAGAAAAGCCUUCAGAGUAGUCGAGGUCCAACUGAGAAAAGCAUACAAAUCUGCUUCAGACAUGCUCCAGCAAAGAUUUGAGGAAAUCAAAGCCACAACCUUGGCUGCAAUUGAACAGGAAGAUGUCAGAGUUGUGAAGGAAUAUUUGAAAUCACACAAAACUAUCCUUGGAAAGUACGCAAAAAGAUUAUACAGAUUGUUUAAAAUUGGCAAAGUUAGACUCGAUAGAGCAAUGAGAAAGGGAAAGUUGAUGCUCCGAAAACAGUGGAAAAAGCAGCCAAUUUCUCCAUUUGAAAGUGUUGCAAUGAUCUUUGGCAAGAACCAUGUUAUGACAUUCGAUGGCAAAUUCUAUGACGUACCAAGUUUCCCAAAGAGCAGCUGCACAUACUUGCUAGCACGUGACUUCAAGAACGGCAACUUCACCAUCUUGAGCCAGAAAGAAAACCUCAUCAUCCAGACACCUGACAUGGAAGUUAUCAUCCACCAAAACGGACGUGUGACAUCAGCAGUCAAGGUAUCUAAGAACGGCAAGAAGGAAGUUAGAGACCUCCCAGUUGAGACUGAAUCUGGUAUGUGCAAGGCGAAGAGAGAAGGAGUCUACUGUGAAUUCAAACAGGGAGUUUCUGUUAAAUGCGACAAGAAGCAUUUCUUGUGCACCAUCAAAUUGUCUUCAUGGCAUUACGGAAGCACCCAAGGUCUCCUUGGAACAAACAACAACGAGGUUUACGAUGACUUCAGACUCCCCGAUAACACAAUCACCGAUUCUGUAUCAGAAUUCGUAAACUCAUGGCUCGUUACCCGCGAAAGAGGUUGCAUGAUCAAGGAAGAGAACAACGAGGCACCAAUGUGCAACAAGGCUCCAUCUGAGAAAUGCUUUGCUCUGUUUAAGAAUAAGGAAUCACGUUUCUCAUCUCUAUUCAGCGCUGUCGACCCACUUCCAUUCUUGAGGGCUUGUCUUGUUGACACUGCCGAUUGUGAAUCAAAGCAGGAUAAUAUCAUUGCCCAUUGCAAUGUAACCAAAGCUUACAUUCGUGCCUUGAGGAUCAAAGGACACUACACUCCACAAAUUGAUGAAUGCAUGGUCUACAAAAGAGCAAAUGGAGAAUUCGCUAAGCUAGGAGACAAAUGGAUUGAGCCUGUGAGCAAAGAUGUUGAUGUUGUUGUCCUUAUGUCAAAACGCGCCAAGUCCCACAAGCUGAGAAGAACAUUGGCUUAUUCACUAUUUAGCAUCAACAGACGAUUGGCAAAGAGAGGAUUCAACACAAGGUACGCAUUAGUCGGAUUUGGAGGCAACGGUAUGAUGGAAGAGGCCCAUGUACAUACCAUCGGAGGCAAUGUCUUCUCUGAUGCUGGUUUGGUAUCUAGUGUAAUCAAGGAGAUGAAAUACAACGGAAAAUCAACUGACAACAAUGAUGCUUAUGAAGCGAUUUCUCUCGCAUCUAAGCUUCAUUUCAGACCAGGAGCAAGAAAGAUCUUCGUUCUCUUCAACUUUGAUGAGUUCAAGCCAUCAUUCUUUGGACCCACUUUGGACGAAACUGUGACUGAUUUGAAAGGACGAGCAAACGCAACAUUGAUCGUAUUUGACGACUUCAAGUUCAUGCCAUACGGAAAGAGCCGUGUCAUUGGUCAGACUGAAACACGUGUUUACUUGAGCCCAGACUACCUAGCCGUGCCAAUUGAAGACUACAAAAUGCCAAGGAGCGAAUUCACCAAGUUAGUGCGCGUAAGUGAUGGUGGCAUGUUUAGGAACGAGUUCAGACCUACCGAAAGCAAAAUCAUGGUUACCGCAGUUGUAGAUGCUUUGUUGGACAAGUUGAACACAGGAAACUCUGGCGUGCAGUGCUGUCGCUUGAACUACUACCCCAAGUGCAAGACCACUGAUCUCGCUGCCUGCUAAACUUGUCUACCACAAUUUAACAAGAAAUUGAUUUCAAUCACACUUCAAAAACGAUGAACUCCCAAGAAGAUACUAUGAACUUCAAAACGAUUAAAAAAACAUUUGAACUUAUGUUUACUUGUUAAAAAUAAUUUUAAAGCUAUCAAUCUGAGCUACUUGUAGACAUUAAGAAAAUCAUCUUUUCUUGUCCUGUUGUCUGACGAUCAAUUUAUAUCAAACUUUCAUUUUUCAAAAAGAUGAAAAAAAGUAAAAGAGCAAAUGUUGCCAGUAGCUCGUGAUUAAUAUCCUUAAAAUUUUUAAUAAUUCUUUCUGUUAAAUUUCAUAUUCAUGUUUUACACGACUCUGAAUGUUGAAGUAUCUUCAAUAAGUUUUGUUAAUUUUUUAUGCAGAAACAUAUAUAUCAUGAGCAUUGAAAA